GAAGGAAGGAAAGAAAGAAAGAAAGAAAGAAAGAAGCCUCGCUGGGAGGCCGAGGAAGGAAGGAAGGAAGGAAGGCAGGAGGAGGAGAGGGAAAUGAGGAUUCUAUGGAGCCACGUCUUGGGUGCCGUAAGGAAAGAAAUAAUAUAGGAAGAAGAUCUUGCUGGUGAAGAUCUUGCUGAAUUCCUGACCUCACUUACAGAUAAGAAAGGAAAAAAGAAGAGUCAAGUAUCUGUAUUCUAAUGAAACACCUCUAUCACAGUGGACAUGAAGGAGAAAGCAUCUAAAUACCUGGAGUGUGGAAAGAGUGAGUUACACUCAGAGUUAUGGUCUGCAGCGGCAUGAAAGGAAACACACCGCGGAGAAGGCUUAUGAAUUCCUGGAGUGUGGAAAGAGCUUUGCGCAGAGUGUAGAUCUAUGUUCACAUCAAAAGACAUACACUGCGGAGAAACCCUAUACAUGCAUGGAGUGUGGAAAGGGUUUUAGUUACAGUUCAAAACUAUGUUUGCAACAAAAGAAACACACUGGAGAGAAACCCUAUAAAUGCCUGGAAUGUGGAAAGAACUUCACUCGGAGUUCAAAUCUCCGUUUGCAUCAAAGGACUCACACUGGAGAGAAACCACAUACUUGCCUGGAGUGUGGAAAGAGCUUCACUUCUAGUGGACAUCUACGUUCACAUCAGCGGACUCACACUGGGGAGAAACCCUAUACAUGCCUGGAGUGUGGAAAGAGCUUUGCUCAGAGUGGACAUCUAAGUUCACACCGAAAAACUCACACUGGUGAGAAACCCUAUACAUGCCUGGAGUGUGGACAGAGCUUUGUGCAGAGUUCAAAUCUACGUUUGCAUCAAAGGACUCACACUGGUGAGAAACCACAUACUUGCCUGGAGUGUGGAAAGAGCUUCACUUAUACUGGAAGUCUACGUAAACAUCAAAGGACUCACACCGGGGAGAAACCCUAUACAUGCCUGGAGUGUGGACAGAGUUUCACUGCUAUUGGAAAUCUACGUUCACAUCAACGGACUCACACUGGGGAGAAACCCUAUACAUGCCUGGAGUGUGGAAAGAGCUUCACUGAGAGUGGAAGCCUACGUAAACAUCAAAGGACUCACACCGGGGAGAAACCCUAUACAUGCCUGGAGUGUGGACAGAGUUUCACUGCUAGUGGAAAACUAUGUUCACAUCAACGGACUCACACUGGGGAGAAACCCUAUACAUGCCUGGAGUGUGGAAAGAGCUACAGUGAGUGUGGAAGUCUACGUAAACAUCAAAGGACUCACACAGGGGAGAAACCCUAUAUAUGCCUGGAGUGUGGACAGAGCUUUGCUCGGAGUGGAAAUCUAAAUGCACAUCAAAGGACUCACACAGAAGAAAAACGCUAUACAUGCCUGGAGUGUGAAAAGAGUUUCACUGAGCAUGUAAGUCUACGUAAACAUCAUCGGACUCACACUGGUGAGAAACCCUAUUCAUGCUUGGAGUGUGGAAAGGGUUUCACUCAGAGAGGACAUCUAAAUUCACAUCAAAGGACUCACACCGGGGAGAAACCCUAUACAUGCCUGGAGUGUGGAAAGGAUUUCACUCAGAGAGGACAUCUAGAUUCACAUCAAAGGACUCACACCGGGGAGAAACCCUAUACAUGCCUGGAGUGUGGACAGAGCUUUGCUCGGAGUGGAAAUCUAAAUGCACAUCAGCGGACUCACACUGGGGAAAAACCCUAUUCAUGCCUGGAGUGUGGAAAGAGCUUCACUGAGAGUGGAAGUCUACGUAAACAUCAAAGGACUCACACGGGGGAGAAACCCUAUUCAUGCCUGGUGUGUGGAAAAAGCUUCACUUAUAGUGGAAGUUUACAUUUACAUCAAAGGACUCACACUGGUGAGAAACCCUUUAAAUGUCUGGAGUGUGGACAGAGCUUCACUUCUAGUGGAAAACUACGUUCACAUCAGUGGACACACACUGGGGAAAAACCCUAUACAUGCCUGGAGUGUGGACAGAGCUUCACUCAGAGUUCAAAUCUACGUUCUCAUCAACGGACUCACACUGGGGAAAAACCCUAUACAUGCCUGGAGUGUGGACAGAGCUUCACUCAGAGUUCAAAUCUACGUUCUCAUCAACGGACUCACACUCGGGAGUAACCCUAUACAUGCCUGGAGUGUGGAAAGAGCUUUACCAAGAGUUUGAAUCUAUGUUACCAUCAAAGGACUCACACUGGGGAACAACACUAUGCAUGCCUGGAGUGUGGAGAGAGCUACACUGAAAGAGUGGAAUUCUAUGUAAAUAUCAAAGGACUCACUCUGGGGAGAAACCCUAUACAUGCCAGGUGUGUGGGCAGAGCUUUUCUGAGAGUGGAAGUUCAUGUUCACAUUGUAGGACUCACACGAGGGGAAAAACUUACGAAUGUCUUGAAUGGAGACAGAGUUUCACUCAGAAGGGAUUUCUACAUUCACAUCAUAGGCCUCACACUGGGAGAAAAUGGUCUAAGUGCCUGGAGUGUGGACACAGCUUCACUGAGUUUGGAAGUCUACGCUGUCAUCAAAGAACUCUCACUUGGGAAACCGCUAUAAAUACCUAGAUUGUGUACAGAGCUUCAGUCAUGCAUAUAAUAAUAAAUAAUAAUAAACUUUAUUUUUAUAUCCCGCCCCAUCUCCCUGAAGGGACUCGGGGCGGCUCACAACAGGGACAAGCCCAAAAACAAUGACACAACAUAUUUGACAAAAACUUAAAAACAUUCCAACGAUACACAAAAUAAAAUAAUAGACAAUACAUCAAUAUCCAAGCAAAUAAAAUCAGAGAAUUAAAAACAAACCAGCGGGGACAGGUUUCAUAAAGUGCUGUGUCAUUGAAAUGAGUGAUAAAGUGCCAUACGUUUUUAAAACGGAGAAAAGCAUUCUAAUAACAGCUGAAUUGGGCCUAUUCAUUCAAACGUGUUCUGGAACAUCCAUGUUUUUAAUUCCCAGCGGAAAAUGGGCAGGGAAGGAGCUAACCUGAUCUCCUUAGGGAGAGAGUUCCAGAGCCGGGAUGGGGGCCACUGCCGAGAAGGCCCUCUCCCUCGUCCUCACCAGCCACAUUUGAGACAAAGGCGGGAGCGAGAGGAGCGCCUCCCCGGAUGAUCUUAGGGUUCACGUUGGUUCGUAGGAGAGGAGGCGAUCACGGAGAUAGGCAGGUCCUGAACCGUUUAAGGCUUUAUAGGUAAUAACCUGCACCUUGAAUUGGGCCCGGAAACUUAUCUAUCGGUAGCCAGUGGAGCUGUUUAAAUAGGGUUGACCGCUCUAUAAUUUGCUCCUGUUAUUAAUCUGGCUGCUGAUCUCUGAACCAACUGAAGUUUCCGAACCAUCUUCAAGGGCAGCCCCACGUAGAGUGCAUUGCAGUAAUCCAACCUGGAGGUGACUAAGGCGUGGACCACCGUGGCCAAGUCAGACUUCUCGAGGUACGGUCGCAGCUGGCGCACAAGCUUUAACUGCAAAGGCCCUCCCGGCCACCGCCGACACCUGAGCGUCAAGUGUCAGCGAUGAGUCCAGGAGGACCCCCAAACUGCAAUGGACCUGCGCCUUCAGGGGGAGUGCGACCCCGUCAAGCACAGGUAGCCACCCUAUGCCCCGAUCGGCUGCACAACUGACCUGGAGGAGCUCUGUCUUGUCAGGAUUAAGUCUCAGCUUAUUCACCUUCAUCCAGUCCAUCACAGCGGCCAGGGACCGGUCAAGGAUCCGAGGGGCUUCCUUGAAGUUUGGAGCAAAAGAGUAGUAGAGUGUCAUCUGCAUAGAGAUGGCACCCAACUCCAAAACUCCGGAUGACCUCUCCCAGCGGUUUCAUGUAGAUGUUAAAAAGCAUGGGAGACAGAAUAGAACCUUGCGGGACCCCACAGGUCAAUGGCCAGGGGUCCGAGCAGGUGUCCCCCAGCUUCACCAACUGGGAUCGGCCCUCCAGGAAGGAGCAGAGCCAUUGCAAAGCAACACCCCCAAUACCCAUUCCGGAGAGCCGUCCCAGAAGGAGACCAUGGUCGAUGGUAUCGAAAGCCGCUGAGAUGUCCAAGAGAACAAACAGGGUCACACUCCCCCUGUCCAGUUCUCUGCGGAGGUCAUCCACCAAGGCGACCAAAGCCGUCUCCGUACCAUGACUGGGUCUGAACCCAGACUGUGAUCCAGAUAGUCGGUCUCUGUCAGGAACCCCUGGAGCUGCGAGGCGACCACCCGCUCUAGAACCUUGCCCAAAAAGGGAAGGUUCGAAAUUGACCGGUAUUUGUUAAGAACCGACGGGUCAAGGGACGCCUUUUUCAGGAUCGGUUUAACCAAUGCCUGCUUUAAAAUAGAUGGGAAAAGUCCCUGAUCCAGUGAGGCGUUUAUUAUCCCCACGAACCAAUUUGCCAACCCCCCGCUGGCAAAUUUUAUUAGCCAAGAUGGGCAAGGGUCUGAAGCGCAUGUGGUCGCUCUCACAGCUCCAAGGAUCCCCUCGAUGUCAUCAGGGUGAACUAUCUGAAACGAAUCCAUUAACACUGGACAAGCAGGUGCCUCGGUCACCUCCACAGGUACUGCAUUAAGGCUGGUGUCUAAGUCAGAGCGUAUCCAAGCGACUUUGUCUGCAAAGUGAUGGGCGAACUCGCCACAUCGAGUUGUCAGGUGGCAAGGGGCAGCCCCCCCGUCACAGGCGUGGAGGAGCUCUCCCACCACCCGAAACAACUCAGCUGGUCUGUUUGUUGCAGACGCGCAUUGCAGUCGAGAAAACUUUCCUGGCUGCCCACAAUGCCCUAAGUAGGCCCUAAGAGAGGCUUUAGCCCGUGCUCGGUCGGAUACGUCCUGAGAUCUGCGGCAGAUGCACUCCAGUCUCCGUCUCGUCCGCUUCAUCACGGCCAGCUCCUCAGAAAGCCAAGGAGCUGACCUGACUCUGCGAGACGAUAGGGGACGUUCAGGGGCGAUCGUGUCUACUGCCCUGGCCAUCUCGGUGUUACAGAGAUCAACCAAGACUUGGACAGGAUCACCAGCCGCCAUGAUCUACGCCACAUCUACGUUCACAUCAAAGGACGCACCAGGGAGAAACCUUAUAAAUGCAUGUUGUGUGUAUAGCACCUCUCUGAGAGUUCAAAUGUACAGACACAUAGAAUUCAGUGGUGUUUAACCCCAUAAGGCUCUCGAAAACAGAGCUGUUCAAACUUUUCAUGUUGGUGAUGCACUCUUUAUCAGUAAAAUGACAUUUUUAUAUCUCGGUGCUUCUAUAAUACUGGCAGGAGAUUUUGGUGCCAGCAUUGGUCCUGAUUUUGCGUUGUAAUGUAUAUUAUUAUCUAUUGUAUUGUUCAAUGUGUUAUGAUGUGUUGUUCUUUUAUAUUCUGUUAUAUUGUAUUGUUCUGGGCAUGGCUCCAUGUAAGCCGCCCUGAGUCCCCGUUGGGGAGAUGGUGGCGGGGUAUAAAUAAAGGUUUUUAUUAUUAUUA